CGGACGCCCGCCAUCGCCGCCCCCCCAGUCACCAACUUACCUACCCACCUACGUCUACAACCACCUAAAACGAGUGUAGCUACGGGGUAGAUCUCCCGGCUCGCAAACAUGGCGUCAAGUUCGAGCGCACAGCCUCCGUCCCCAGAGGCGUGCCAGAACGCGUUCGAGCGCGGCGUCGCCAUGUCGCUGCACCUGUGGGACGACAUGUCCUUCGCGGUGCAGAACAACAUGGGCGGCGGCGACUCGGCCGACAAGCGCGACUGGGCCGCCGGCGCCGUGGCCGAGCUGUUCCCCGCCAUCCCCGACGUCGUCAAGUUCCACGAGGCAACCAAGUCGUCGCCGGCAGCCGCGGCCGCGGCCGCGGCAAAGGCGAGGUCGCCCUUCCCCGCGCCCGAGGACCUCGUUCAGGACGUCGAGGAGCGGCUGCUCGACAUCAUGCUCGAGGAGUUCGAGACGGCCGUGCAGGACGACACGGCCUUUGACGUGGCCGAGCGCAUCGUCGGCCUCUGGGCCCAGUGCUGCCGCGGCCGGCUCGCCGACGUCGACGCCCUGACCGAGAGGUGGCAGGCCCGCAAGGGCAAGUCCGUCUCGGCCAUGUUCAAGCAGGGAGAGGACCAGGACCAGGACACCGACUGGGACGACACCGACGACGAUGGCGAGGACGGUGGCGAUGACGACGACGACGACGAGGCCCCCGCCCUCGUCGCUGAGAAGCGCGAAAAGACCCUGCCCGAGGUCGACGAGGACGGCUUCACAAAGGUUACGCGCAAGAAGAAAUAAGCCGGGACACGAGAGAGAAAGAGAACAAAAAGCGAAUAAACGAAGAAAAAGAAUAUUCAGGCCAACCAAACUCGAGCUUAGAUUGCGACAGGGCGUCUUGGUAGCAUGGGCAACCAUUUGUAUACGGCGGCAGCACCAACAUAUUAUACCCAAUCCGUGCAAGCAGUGAGUGCGUGGACGGACAUGACGGACGAGAAGAAGCUCCAGAAUAACCCCCCGGAAGGGGGUGACGAGAAAAGAAGCCAUUGUUCACUGAAUGUUCCAAACCGAAAGCUUCGACCAACCGACAUCCACCCCCACCAAACGAGACCCGCUCGCCAACGGUGAAGCAAGGGGCUGAUGCUUCUUGCCGUGCCUCUUGCUGGCUGCGAAAGUGAGAAGCAUCGUUCUAAGAGUGCAUGCACAACAUUAGACCCGGCUGCUCCCACUGUACGGCUCACUCCCAGUCCUCCUCGUCACUAUCUUCACCCUUCUUGUCAUUUGGGCUGUUGGGCGCCUGGCUAGGUACGCCUGAUGUCGCACCCACAACGUCAUAGCUAGCCUCGCUGUCGGCCUGCGAUUUGACAUCAAGCUCAUUGGACUUGCGGUGCUCGGUAGGAGUCUUGAGGGAAGAUCGCACAGCAGGCUUCGUCGGCUGUGACGGCGAUUGGAUCGUCGUCGAGGAGUCGGUCGAUCCAGGCCGCUCCUGUGUCGCCGCUGCGGGUACUGCCGAUCCUGAGGCUGCUGACUUGGUCUCCGUUGCUGCUGGCUUAGACGGAGCAGCCGAAGUAGUGGUCUCGUCGUCCGAGUCGUCUUCACUAGAAUCCUCCUCGUCAUCAUCCUCGGAGUCCUCAUCCCAUCCAACCUCUUCCUCAGCAGAUGCAGCUGUAAUGCGCCGUGAGCUGUUAGCUUCAAGUUCAAUAACAAAAAAAGAUAGCCCAGCACUUCUGCUGCCCAUGGGUGCAUGUGGGCCAACUUGCCCUUUAGCAGGUCCCUGCGCCUCGCCUCGGCCGUCUCGAUGCUGUGUCUGAGGAAG